CUUCUCUUCCUUUGUCUCUCUGUCUUUUGACUUUUCUUUGAUUAUUUCUCUUUCUCAUCUUCAAUAUGGCAUCUUGUCAAAACUCAGGUUUUGACCAAUUAUGUCAGGAAGCUGCAAUUAUUACAAGGGAACUUGAACUCAAAGCUGCCAGUGCUGCACUUGAAGCAGCUACCAAGGAGGCUGAAGAAAUUCUACAAACCUUCAACCCUCCACCACUGAAAAAGAAGACCAAACAAGCCUGUAGCACUCGUGUCAGACCAGUCUCUUUUGUAGAGAGGGAUGAGUUUGGGCAUCUUGUGCCAAAACGGAGAAGGCCAAAACUCACCAAGGCAAACAUUUCCAAAUCUACAACGAUUAACAGUCCAGCUAUGUCAUCUUUGGAGUCUGGGCAAGUAGACAUUGAUCAUGGUGAAGUUCCAUCACAGCCUUCUCACACUGUUUGGCCAGCAGUUGAAGAUAUAGAAACUCUUCAUCAAGAGGUAGAGGAUCUGUUGGCUGAUACUGGAGACAUUCAGUGCUCAAAUCCGACCUCCUCAAACACAUGGUCAGUUCGCAUGGCCCAGGCUAAAAAGAAGUGGGCAGCUUUGAGGCCCGAGAUGGUGGAAUCUUUAUUAACAGCUGAGUACACAGAGAUCAGACCGUGCCAGCACUGCCAACUGAAGCGAUCUGUUAUCCGCUGUAAAGACUGUGUUCCUAAACAGCUGUACUGUGCAGACUGCGAUAUAUUGGCCCAUGAAAGGAAACUGCACAACCGAGAGACAGAUGUAGAGGGAUUCUUUCGGGCCAUAUCCCCGUCUACUUUGGUGAAGGUGGAUAUUGACGACCAAUUCCAUUUUGAGGAAAAAGAUUGUCUUUUGCCUCUAGAGACACCUGAUCAAAUUUGCAGCUGCGCCACUGAUACCAUUGUGGUGUCAGGAGGUAAAAAGGCUAUUCUCAUUGGAAUUGAUGGUCGCUACAACGUCAGCUUGCCAACCUUCACAUGCUCAACAUGCCAUAUGAGCAGAACGACCAGCAUCCCACACCUGAUCAAGUCUGGUUACUGGCCUGCCACAGCAAGCUGUGAAACACUUUAUAAAAUUGAUGUGUUUGUGUCAUACGACCACAUGAAAUUGACUGCUCCUGGACUUUCUAGACAGUCCUUCGUCAGUUUAUUGGAACAGCGGACGGAGUUCUUUGGCCGAGAUGGAAAGAUCUGCACAGAUGCUUUUCAAAGAAGUUUUUUCGAAUGGAGAUACUGCCAGUUCCAAAUUGAUCAGCUCUGUGGACUGAAAGUGUUUGAGUGUCCAGCCUGUUCUCCAUUUAUGCUUGCUGUGUCAGUCGAUGGUAACAGGAAAUUGUAUCGCUUCAAAAGAGGGGCUGAAGAUCAUGGUCUGUUCAAGGGUGUCUUUGUCUGUGAGGAUGAAGAUGUUUCCAAGUUCGUGGACUACAUUAAUAAGAAGACAAAGCACUCCGCUGGAAAAGGUGUCUGUGGAUCGAGUCAGUGGACUGCAGCACGGGAGUCCAUCCCAAAGAAAAUCAACAAGCUGGAUGAGGAGGGGAUGGAGGUGGCUGUCUGUCGGCAUGGUGUGCUGCUGAGAAGUCUGAACAUGAUGAGGGGGGAAAUAUUUGCAUAUCCGUUGUUUCUCCAAAAGGAGCUGACGCCAAGGAAUGUUCAGUUCAUGUGCACUGACGUAAUAUGCAAGUACUGGCCAUACCUGCAGAGAGUUGUUAAUGAUUGUCCAGAGCUUUCUCCUCUCCUGCACAUGAAGCCAUUCCUGUCAGUGAUGCAUGCAAAGGCCCACUCUUGGAAAUGUGAGAUUAAGUGGGGUGGCCGAAACCAAGAAGGAGCAGGCACCACCUUGGGUGAAGAGGUGGAACAAGUAAACAGCUUCUUGUCGAGAACUGCUAUAUGCAGUAAAUACAUGACCAAAGGAGGUAAGUGCAUAACUACAAACAUAUUCAAUGCAAAGUUACCUAAUGGGACUCAAAAAAUCCAUUCAUUUUUAAAUGGCAUUAGUAUUAAACUUUUACCUGACACUUGA